AUGAAUCAACAAAUAUUCCCAUUGAUCAGAAAUUUGUCGAGCAAAAAUGUCGCUAACAACUUUGUAAGAGUCUUCCGAUUAAAUGCCCCAAAGUGUCCAAUAGUAACGCCCAAUGAUGCAAAACGACCUUGGCUCAGCAAUAAGAUAAAUAAGACUCACUUUCUUUCACAUACUUCGAAUUUUCAUCAGACGAUUAUGCAAAUAUCAGUUCUUAAUAUGAAACCAGAAUUUAAAAGAAGCUUUCGGGAUGUUAAAGAAGGAAUAUUUUAUUACAAAAUCUAA